UGUAGAGUCUACGACACAUACGCUUCUUGUAAUCAAUGUUGAAGCUUUUAUGGAUUUUCAAAAUGGAGAUGUGUAAUAAAGUGACAUAUUAGUUUUUGGGUUAACCUAUAUAUGAAACAAAACAACAAUUAGAUGCAGAAAGUGAGGCACAAAUAAUAAGGUUGUUCUUGUGAUCUUGUGUUCUUCCUUCCUGAUCCUUUCAUAUUGAUGACUCCAUAUUGAUGAUGUGAAGUUGUUGCUUUCCUGCAGUUUCAGUCUUUGUGCAUGUGUGUUUACUAGAGAGUGUGAGGUUGGAGGGGUGGGAGGAGAAAUGGAUCAUGAGUUCCUUCCUUCCUUCCUUCACCUGCUGUGGACAAGAGCAGCAGAGCAGCCUGAAGGGUGCAGCAGGAAAAGAAAGUGAGGGAAACGCAGUCCACAACUUCAAAUCCAGACAUCCUCUCCCAAGAAAUCUUCGCUUUUCAGACACUUUUUGUGUCAGCAUUUUUCAGGCUUACUUUGCUUUUGGAAUAGUGGAACCGACAUCUGGAGGCAGAAAUGUCUAUGCUUUUUCUCAGUGCUGUGAGCUGUGCGUGCGUCUUUUAUCUUGGUUUCUCCGCUGAGGCUUGCACACCAGCUGUUUUAGCAAAACGCGGUUCCGUUUUCAUGUCUGAGGGAAACACUUUGAGUCUGUCCUGCACUGUUCAACACUGUGAGAGCACCUGGGCAGGCAAAUGGAAGUGGGAGAAGUCCAUAGACUCAAACAGCAGCAUUGUUAGAGAUAGCCCGAGACAUCAUCUGAUGGAGAAGACGCCUAAAGCAAGUGAGAUCCAGCUUCUUUUAGAAGUUCAAAGAGUCGAACCAGCAGACAUGGGGGCCUAUCGCUGCAGUGUGCAGUGGGCUGACGGCAGCACUGAACUAGGACAUUGGACGUAUGUGAACAUUACAAGAGUGGUUCCCACUCAAAGAAAAGUCUUGCACAGGUUUUUGGUUUGGGCUGGCGCCUCCCUUUGUUUGCCUGUCAUUUUGGGGUUGGCCCGAUGUCUGAGUUCAGAGGUCAAGCCUCAGCCUCAACACAGGAUGCAGGUUAUAUAUGCCAAAGUGGACAAAAAUCAACCCCACGAGCCUCCUCGGCCUCCACCUCGACGCUCGCAUCCUCAGAAAGGCAGGCCUCCGGCUUUCCAAGGCGAAAAAUCAAAGCAAAAGACUGAGCUGGUGUAUGCAGACAUCUACCAGGAUGCAAAAGGAACACAACAAGUUGUGAGAGCUCCCACCGAGUCCACAGUGUACUCGUCCGUCAGGUCCUACUGACUGCAACGUCACCAGAAUGGAGAUGACGAGCUGCGAACGCUAUUAAUUUCAUUUUUUUUAAUUCUGGACUUGGAUGCAUUUUUUUCAAAAGUGAUUUUUAAGCAAAAAAUAUUUAUAAAAAAAAUCAGCAUUAGAUAUUCAAACGCGUACAACUAGAGAAAAUGACACAAAAUACAACAUUUUAUUUUAGAAUAAAUUCUUAGUGGCACAUUACAUAACCAAAUAUACAUAUAUAUGUUUAGACAUCUCUUAAAUUAAUAUAUUUCUUGUAUUUAUUUUGCGUACUCUGCAGAGACAUUUGUACAUGACAUCAAUGCAAAAGAAGUUCAUCUUCAAUAAAUUAAGCAUCAACAAAACAAAAUGCUGCAGAGAACUUUAAGCAAUUCCUGCAAAAAAACAAACAAAAAAAAAAACAUAAAAUCUUCCAGCUCAUCACUGUUCUUCACUAUCUGAUGAUUUUUGUCCAUAAAUGUACACGUUUUCAUACCAAGUACAGGAACAGGUCCUCAUAAGAUAACAUUUUAUGAACAACUUUGAUAAAUUUGAACUACACUGUAAAAAGUGAAACAAUGGAUUGAUUGAAAAAAGUUCUAUAAUUUGUUACAUUUAAUGAAAAUGUUUCGUUUUGAUGUUUUGAUGUUUUACUCAUUUCAAAAAUUUAAUUAGAUAAAAAACUGAUAUUUUUAAAUGUAAUAAAUUACAGAGCUUUUGUUAAUUGAUCCAACAUUUCACUUUUAACAGUGUAAAUGGAGUCAUAGAUUGACUUCAAACAUCUACCAGUGUGUUUGUUUUGGUCAUAUUAACAUCUCUGUGAAUGUUUACUAUUGUGUUCAUUAACAUCUUUUUGUUAAGAAAUUAAAGUUGUUGUUGUUUUUUUUUUUAA